AUGCCUAUCUGUAUAGAAUGCCGGUAUCCCGUCAAAACUCUAUGGACACAAUACUCUGGAGCCGAUGACAAGUCCAAUGGCCACUUGAUUCGUCUCACUGUCUGCCGCAAAUGCGGCAACUUUUGCGAUAAAUAUGUAGAGCACGACUUUGUCGUUCUCUUUAUCGAUCUGGUCCUCAUCAAACCUCAGGUCUAUCGCCAUUUACUGCACAACACCCUGAUGCGAGAUGGCGAUCGCUUCGACCCUUCCAUUAUUCGCUUGGGGGUGUUGCUUCUGCUGUUUGACGUCUACUUGACAUGGGCGCGCAUAGAGAAGCAAACCAUUCCGUCGUCGACACCUGGAGAGAGUAAAUUGGGACCCCUCGCUGAGCAGCCGAUUGUGAUCCAGUACAUGUUUUUCUUGGUUCUCUGCGCCCUUUCCACCAUCGCCUUCCACCUGAGCAUCCGGUUCCUAACAUCCUCCCGCUUCUCGCCGCUGCAUCUUACGGGGCUGAUGCCACGGUAUGCUCGUCCGAACUCGGUGUCGACAGCUCUGCUUGUUUCAUCGUCGACCAAACUAUUUCCCAUACUGAUGGUCAUCUGGGAAUACGAUGUGCCCGCUGCAGCCAGGUCUCUGGGAUGGGCUGUUGUGGCAAACAAUGUAGAAGCCCUGCGCAUUCUACUGGACUGCAAGUAUUAUGUUGCUUGCUUCUUGGCAAUUGCCGGCGCAUCGGUGCGCUGGGCCGUGGGCCAGCUGAUACUCAUCUCUGCUGGACUGGGUGAUGUAGAUUCCAUCGGCGAUAGCAGCGUUGCUGCAGACGGCAAGGCUCUUUGGGCCUUGGUCAAGUAUCUGAGAGAUUGGGCCGGCCGUCUGGCUGUAGGAUAG